AUGAAUUUCAAGAAGUGGCAGCAAAAGAUGCUAUUUUAUUUAACUACUUUAAGUCUACAAAGAUUCAUCAAAGAAAGUGUUCCUGAGUUAGCAGAUUCUACUCCGGAAGGUGAAUGCAUUAUGGUUAUUGAAGCUUGGAAGCAUUCUGAUUUCUUAUGCAAGAACUAUAUUUUGAAUGGGCUUCAUGAUGACUUUUACAAUGUGUACAGUAAUAUGAAAACUUCCAAAGACCUCUGGGAUGCUAUAGAAAAGAAGUAUAACACGGAGGAUGCCAGGUUGAAGAAAUUCAUCCUUGGCAAAGUCUCUAGACUUCAAGAUGGUAUAGAUAACAAAUAUGUUGUUACUCAAGUUCAGGAAUUGCAAUUGAUUAUCAAUUAUCUCUUUGCGGAAGAUCUAGUGAUUAAUGAGGCCUUCCAAGUAGCUGCUACGAUUGACAAGUUACCUCCUCUAUGGAAGGACUUCAAAAACAACUUAAAGCAUAAGAUAAAGGAGAUGUCCCUUGAAGAUCUCAUUGUAAGAUUGAGAAUUGAAAAGGAUAAUAAGGCUGCAGAGAAGAGGCCUCGUGGAAAUUCAACAAUAUUAGGAGCCAAUAUUGUUGAAGAUGGAAGGUCUAAAAAGAGAAAGGCAAACUCUGCACAGCAAAGUAGUCAACCUGAGAAGAAAUUAAAAGGUAGUUGCUUUAAUUGUGGAGAAAAUGGUCAUAGGGCUGCAAAUUGUAAGGCUCCCAAGAAAGUGAAGAAGAAAGAUCAAGCAAAUGUUGCUGAAUUUGAAGAUGAUGAUCUAUGUGUUAUGCAUUUUGAAUGCAAUCUUGUUGGCAAUCCAAGAGAGAGAUGGAUAGAUUCUGGUGCCACCGCCAUGUAUGUGCCAACAAAGAACUUUUUGCAUCAUUUGAGCCUACUCAAGGUGAUGACAUAA